AUGAGCUCGUACUUCACAUCCUUGACCUCCUCCUCAGCCAUCUCUGGCCUGGGUUCGCGACUCACCAACCUUCGCCGAGCCAUUACCCUAGGCGACGAGGGAGAUGACCCAGACAACGAAGACUGCUCCCACAUCUCCAACGCCCUGCGAGCCUACUACACCGAAAAUGGUCGACCAUUCCCGCCAUGGCUCCCACAAGAUCCCAAGGCUCCGUCUCCGACACCCUCCCGCCCGAUCGCGACUUCACAACUACCCCCCGGCAGCUACAACCAAGGGUCCGCCAACUCCAGCCGUAGCGGGGGUUUAGGUGAUCUAUGGGGCGAUUCUCCCACAUCCCAAACAUCAAUCCCACAGACAGCUAGUCUUCGUCGCGGACGUGGUGGCACAGCCCCACCGCUUACCUCCACCAACAGCGCGCCGCCGGGCCCCUCCCCCUCGCCUGGUCCGGCCAUCACACAUUCUCAGUCCUACUCGCCUGCUGGGUCGGGCUCCCCCAUCCAUCUGGAGCUCGGCCAUUGCCCAGCCAGCGAACUGGGUCGCAUCAGUCUUCCCAGGCUCGUCCGAAUCUCGACCGUGUCGGGUCGGGUGGUGGUUCCGCCCAGGACCGACUGCGGGCCAGAUUACAAGGAGGAAGGUCUCCUAGCCCCAAUGUUGACCCCAGUAUUCGGAAGCCGGUUGGAGCGCCUGGAAGACGAUGAAAGUGUAGAGGCUUACAUUGCAUGGUGGAGAGCGUGGCGUCGGGAGUUAUUUUAUGUUCAAUGUUUACCGAGUACAUACAUGAGGACAAAGUUCAUUCAAAUGUUCCAUCAUGGAUGGUCAGGUGAUUCCUAG